AUGAAUUCAUCAUCAUUAUCAUAUUCAAUCUCUAAUCGAUCAAAACCUCUUCGUGCUUCCGUAACAAGUUUAUCUGAUCAUUAUACUAAACGAGGUCAUUUGGAACAAUAUCGUAAUAAUAAUCCUAAUGAUGAUAAAGGAAUUUGGUCUUCAAUUAAAAUGAGAAUAAAGAGAUCAAUUUAUUUUGAAACAAUAUAUUUAAUUGGAAAUGGAAGACGAUAUAAAUGUCUUCCUCAAGGUACUACAUUAUAUCAUGUUACUAGGGAAUUUGGUUCGGCGGUCACAAAAACUGAACUCGGUAAAUUAUUAACAAGUUUGGUACGAGCUCAAUCUACUGAUGAAUCUCUUAAAGUAAAUGUAAUUAUUCCUUAUUAUCCUUUUUUAAAACCUAUUUAUAAACCAAUUUCUUACGCUCAACUUAACAUUCGUAUACAAAAUGGUCAAGGUGAAUGGAGAGUUGCUAAAUUUGGUGUUUAUCGAAGUUGGAUUAAAAUUUUGAAUAAUGAAGAAAUUAUUAAUUCUUCACCUCGAAAAUCAACCAAUUUAAAAAAUUUUAUUAGUGUAUUCAUGAUUAGUCCUUCAACUAAUAUGAGACCAUAUAAAUUAGCAUUUAAAGUUAAUAAUAAAUCAAGUAUUUAUACAUCUAAAAGUACUUUGCCUUUAGAAUUAAAUGCUUUAUAUUUUUCUAAGGCUGCCGCUGAAUUUAUUAUUUAUAGAAAUACGGUAGUUGAUACUUCAUUAUUUGCCAAAACCGAAAGUCGAGGAGUUGACAUCGUUCAUGUACAUGGAUCACUUAAUGCCAUGACGAUCGAAUUUCUCGGAAUAUUUAAUAAAGGUUAUAAAUUUGGGAGAAAUCCUCCUUCAAUGAUUUAUACUUUUUAUAAUAAUUUUGAAGAACAAUUAUUUUCUUUUGGAUUAGAUAAAGUAAAUAGAUUUAUGGAUGUUAAAAAAUUUAAAGAAAAACAUUCAAAAUAUUUUUAUUUAAAUAGAUUAUAUGCUUCAUCUUUAGGAAUUGGUAAAUCUCAAGUAUCAACUUUUAUAUCAAAAGAAGUUGCUCAAGAAAUGGUUGAAGGUUCUUUAGAAUUUCAUAUGAAAGAUUUGGUUAUGCCUAUUUUAACAAAGAAAGCUAUUGAUGGAUAUUGGAUAGGAAUAUCUAAAGGAUUCGAUUUAACUAUUAUUAACCCAUUUGAAGAUAUGUUGUUAAUAAAUAGUAAUUCCAAUUUUCCUGAUAACAUACACACCUUUGAUAUAAAUUUAUUUUACUUAGAGAUGAGAGAAUUCAUUAAUUUUUCGUUUCCUCAGUUUAAUUCAUCUUCUUUUGAAUUUAAUUCAUCUUCUCUUUCUCAAUUUAAUUUAUCAUCAUCAUCACCAUUUUUUUCUCAGAUUGAUUCAUCUCAAUUAUUAAUAAGUACCGCGAAAACAAAAGCAAAAAACUUUUUAGUUGGUGAAGGAUUAUUAGAGAAUCGAGAUCUUGAAAAUCCGUUAGUACUUUUUACAGGUUAUUCCAAGUUCAUAAUAAAAAGAUUUGAAUUUUUCGAUCGUAUCACGAAUAUAUUAGGAAAUUUGAAUGCAAAAUUUGUGAUAAUUUCAAAAGAGAAUAUAUUAAAAGACAAAAGAAAAGAAUACGAUGAGGAUUACGAUGAUAAUGAUGUUAAUAUUAAAAAAUUAGAAGAAAAAUAUCCUAACGUUUUGCUGAAAUCGGGCAUGGGAAAUGUAGAGAAUGCAACCAAUACAAAUAAUACAAAUGACGCAGGGAAUAUUAUUACCGUUGAUGAUGAUGUCAUUGAUAAUGAUGUUACUGAUAAAAAACAAAUAGUCAUUGGUGGUGGUGAUGUUGAUGAUAUUGAUGAUAAGAAACAAAUAGAAGAAAUACCAAUGACCACCGAUGAACAGAAAUAUGUGGAAAAAAGGCAAAUGACAAUACCGAUGGGAAUUGAAGAGCAGAAACAAGAAGUAACACUUAUGAUCACUGAUGAACAGAAACAUACAGAAACGACAUUACAAAUAAGUAUUGAUGAUUUAGAAGUAACAUCAAUUUCUACUGAAGACCAGAAACUUAUAGAAACAACACAGACGAACUUUGAUGACCAAAAACUUAUGGAAACAUUACAAACAAGUAUUGAUGUAACAUUAAUAUCUACUGGAACUGAUGACAUAAGUCAAUUAGAAGUAACACCGGCAUCAGCUGAACACGUAGAAACAAGCAUUGAUGAUCAAAGACUUAUAGAAACAAUGCAGACGAGUACUGAAGAUAUAAAUCAAUUAGAUGUAACACCGACAUCUGCUGUUGAUGAACAUAUAGAAACAACAACACAAAUGAGCACCGAUGAUCAAAAACUUAUAGAAACAAUGCAGACGAAAACUAACAAUAUAAGUCAAUUGGAAGAAACAGAAACACCGACAUCUACCGAAGACCCGGAACUUCUAGAAACAGAAACACCAGUGAGCAUUGAUUAUAAGAAACAUUUAGAAUCCUUAGAACAUUCACUACAAAAAGGAUUUAAUUCAUACCUAUUUGAAUUUGAUCCAAAUGAUUUGGAUAAAACAAUUUCAAGUUUGACGAAUGAAUUCAAGUUAGCCAUAAAGGAUUGGAAAAGAAUGGAUACUUUUGUAAAAGAAUUAUUUAUGAGAAGAUUGAUAAAGGAAGCAUUGAAAUUUGAUUGGAAUUCUCCGGGAGGUGGAGUUGAACAAUAUAAAAAGGUAUAUAAGUUGGCAAUGAUGCAGACAAGUGAUAUUUUAGAAGAAGAUUUAUGGUAA